AUGAACCCAGAACAAGAAGAGAACAGAUAUGAAGGCAGUGUCUCUUCAAUGGAUACGACAGGCGGCAGACCUUCUUCUGGUUACCAACAACCAGCUACACAACGACCUUUGACCAUGUCGUCAGGCACUUUACCUAGUGGUGACGAGAACGCCAACUUCUUCGACCGCAGCCAUCCGUUGUACCCCCGAUUGGCCCCUGUCCGCGAUCCCGGAGAAGACCAAGACCAAUAUACCACCGACCCUUCCAUGCGACAGUAUUAUCCAGGCGGGGAGUAUGUCCCAGGGUCAUCGUCUUCAGCUUAUCGACGCUUGUUGCCAGCAGAUGGACGGAUGGGCCGCCCAGAUAGGUCACGACUUAAUACCACUGAGGGCGACUUUGCACAGGGAGGCAGUUUUCGGUAUCAUACUGAGGACGACUUUGGACAGCAAGGUAGGACGACUGGCGGAGAAGGGGGCUCAAGAAGUCAAAACGUCACCUUUGUGGACAAUGGGAACACUCCUCCUCCAAGAUCCAGGGGACCUAUUACCCGAGCCCAGCUUUUGCAGCACUGUGACGCGCUGACUAGAGAGAACGCGAGCCUGUUCAUCGAGCUCAAUGAAAGUACUGAGAGGUUCCGAGCAAUAUCGCGCGAAGAUAUGGAGCUGCUUCAGCAGUCCGAGGCAAGGGUGCAAGCGUUGACCGAAAAGGUGGAGCAGCUGAAAAGGGAGAGGGAUGCGGCCAUGAUCCUCUCGCAACGUCUGCAACAUGACUCUACGCAAGGAGAGGAUUGA